AUGUAUUCCAGCAACAUGCGGCCAGGAACCACUGCUGGGGACAUCGGGCAGUCCUUCAGCCUGCGAAGCCACUCAGAAGCGAAGCUGCGCGACUACUCCAUGACCUCCAGCCAGUCCAGCUUCUCCAAGAUGCCAGGUCUUACCGACUCCUGGGCCCGGAUGGACGGCCUGGAGCGCAAGCCUAUGGUGAAGGCACUUCAACGUAGUUCUGUAAAGCUAGGUUUCUUUGAGCCCAACUUUGUGUCCACCAGCAGUGCCUUCCGGAAGUUCAGCCGCGGUGAGCAGAGGGCUGCGCAGGGUGCCAUGAACGAUGAGGUUAAGGCGGACCUCAGGGCGGUGCACUACAGCUUGGGUGAGGAUGGGCCUGGCAAGGUCAACUACGAUUGGUAUGAGACCGAGCUGCAGCGAUGUGCCAAGAGUCACUGGGAUCCAGCUCGGCGCAAAGCUUGGCCGCCAGCGCCAGAUUCACCCAAAACACGAGCUAUGCGCAUAGGGCAGACCUUGCGAAGCUUUCGCGGUGGAGAGCGUGCUGUGACGCGGUGA